AUGCGUUUCGUUCAAAACUUUCUUGCCCUCGGCACUCUGUUUGCUUUCGGCCUUACCGAGGCCUGUGCCGGAGCGAAGCCAGCCAUAAAUAGCGACUACACUAUCACCGUCAACCUGUUUGGAGAUAACACCUGUUGCUCUGGCGCUUUUGGGAAGACCGUCAUGGGCAACUUGGGAACAUGCCACACUGCCAGCCAGCCUUUUGGGAGCAUUACCGAGGCCGUUGGACAGGGUAUGUUCGGCCGCAGCAUCAAGGUGCUAGCAUAUCCCGAUUCCUCCUGCAGCAGUAGCAGCUAUGUGUAUUGGGAUAUCAGCAACAAGGUCGAGUGCUUCUGGAGCAACUUUCCGGACUCGUACCGCAGCUUUAAAAUUCAAGUCAUUCUCGCUAUUCCAGAUCCCAAACUGACGCAAUAUCAGAGCACCGCAAAGGAACUGCAGAGUGCGGAAAACGAAGAGGAGAGCGCUAUUCCAAAUGCUCACCAACUUCCCGCGUCGGCAUGA